UUUAGCUUCCGAUUUAAAUUACCUUCAAAAAACAAAAAAAAGUGAUGAAACCAAAGAGCAAAGUUGUAGAAUCUGCAGCUGCGUCAUGUUUUCUCGUCAUGAGCUUGUUAUGUACCUACACUAAUGGUGACCAGAUGGAGACUAAUAAUUAUGAAGAGACGUUAUCUUAUAGUUACUACGAGAAAACUUGUCCCAAAGUCGAAGAGAUCGUGAAAUCUUCACUUUCAUCAAUGUUUGUACUUGAUCCUACUGCUCCUGCUGCCUUGCUAAGGCUUAUGUUUCACGACUGCCAAGUUCAGGGCUGUGACGCAUCGAUCCUACUCGAGCCAAGCGGUGACCAACAACAGUUCACGGAGCUUGAUUCAGUCAAGAACUUCGGAAUCAGAAAGAGAGACCUGAUUGGCUCUAUCAAAACCUCACUGGAGACGGAGUGUCCGAAGCAAGUCUCAUGCUCUGACGUUAUCAUCCUCGCCGCCAGAGAAGCCGUGGCUCUCACGGGAGGCCCUCGCAUCGCCGUGCCCUUAGGAAGAAAAGACUCUCUCUCCAUUUACAGCAAACACAUGGCAGACUCUGAGCUCCCUCCCUCCACUGCUGACGUGGACAUUACCUUAAGCCUAUUUGCCGGCAAAGGCAUGACCGUCGAAGAGUCCGUUGCCAUCAUGGGUUCACAUACUAUAGGAGUGACACACUGCAAUAACGUACUAUCGCGUUUCGACAACGCAAACGCGACAAGCCAGAACUUGGAUCCACGUUUCGAAACGUUUUUGCGAGUUGCUUGUCCAGAGUUUUCUCCAACGUCCCAAGCCGCGAAAGUCACGUUUGUUCCCAACGAUCAAACUGCGGUGAUCUUUGAUUCAGCCUACUACGAUGAUGCCAUCGCUGGACGUGGCAAUCUGAGGAUUGAUUCGGAGAUUGGAGCUGACCCACGCACACGUCCGUUCGCCGAAGCGUUUGCGGCUGAUCAAGACCGUUUCUUCAACGCCUUCUCUUCCGCGUUUGUAAAAUUGUCGUCGUACAAAGUGUUAACCGGGAACGAAGGAGUAGUUAGAAGCGUGUGUGACAAAGUAGAUGAUUGAUGUAUAUGAUUUUCAUCAAAUGUUACAUGACAAAAAUAUUAUAAUCCGUAAACAAGUUAUAAGAUAGUAUGAAGCAUAGUAUAAAGCCUUGUUUAUACGUUUUGCAACUUGCAAUAGUC